CAAUGAGUGUCCUCCGAUUUGAACGUGCCCCUGUGAACUUUGACGUGUCGCCAGCCCACCAAUCACGCUCGCGGAUGUUUUGACGACCGUGCAACUCCCACGGCGGGGCCAUCGCGGUGAACAGCGACAACGACGACCGACACCCUGCAUGACGCGUAUCCGUCAAGUCAGUAUCCCACUGUCUGUAACGGACACGGCCAUACUGACCGAUGGACCCACCAGCAUAGUAUCUGCGGUCACUUCAGCCCUGCCUUCCACAAUAGCGACACCGUCAACCAGCUUUCUACCGACAUCCGUGUCCGUCCCGGUGACGACCUCUGCCGACUCACCCACUACCAGUGAACAACCAACCACGACAGCACAUACCACUACUUCGACUUCGAGUUCACCAACACCUACCACCCCGUCGAGCACCCCUACAUCCUCGUCCACACCUCCCGUCCCUUCGAGCACUUCAUCCACUGACCCACAAUCUUUUGCUUCCACUACGCCUCCUGGCAUUCCGACCACCAUCACGUCGUCCUUUGUCACCGUCAUAGGUGGCUCAACCUAUACUACACAGAGUCUCAUCGCAAGCGUGAUCCCCUCCCAAUCAUCAUCAAACUCGGACCAACGUGCCGCCAUCAUCGGUGGCUCUGCAGCAGGCGGUGCCGUCCUCCUCAUUAUCAUCGUAUCCGUCAUCUUCUUCCUGCGACGGAAACAUUUCAAGCGUCUACGCAUUCUCGACGCUAUCAUGAACUCCCGGACUCAGGCCCAAAAGCGGGCAAUGUUGCUUGCAGGCGAAGACUGGGACGACGACCCCCACCCACCGCCUUCCAGAUAUCGGAAUUACGAAACUCCGUGGGACGUAGGCAGUCCACGUGGAAGCUUGAGCAUGCACUCGUUCGUUCCACCUGGAAGCCCAGGAUUAGGUCCUCAUCCCAGUCCUUUCCCUAGUCUCAGGUCUGGCAGUUCAGGGAUGGGCAUGUCCGGAGUCGGAUUGGUCUCUGGACCCUCCACACUGACGCUUCACCAGUCACGCAGAUCAGAAUCUGGCUCUAUGUUCCGGGAAGACGUGUGGCCACCCCCAAAUGAGCGGAGCAGACUCAUCGAUCCGCUCUCGAGCAGUCAAGAAAUUGAACUAGGCAGCAUAGUGAAUGACGUUAUGGGGCCGCCUACUGCUUCUGCGCCUUCGGAACAACAGCAUCAGUCGAAUCCAUCGAUGACGUCGUCGGUCAAGGACGAAGACGAGUCACUCGAGAAACUCAUGAAGGCAGCAGGAUUGCAGUCCUAGGAAGUCUCUCUUUGCGGUAAAAACUACCUGAUGAACUGCUAGACAGUUAUCACCACCAUCUUUGGCAUGCUCGCUCCCUCUAUUUCAUCAAUGCAUUACCAGUGGACAUAUUGGGCACCCAGUUUUCCAUACCUGCCGAUGCAUGUCGAUCUUUGAUCUUCAGGCCAUAAUGUACAGCGUUGAGUACAUACAUACUUUGCUGACAUACUU